AUGUCGUCUGCUGUAGCAGAACUGGACAACUAUCUCCAGUCAAUGCUUGCACUCAAGCCUCCGGGUGUUUCAGGCUCUAAGAUCAACAGUAUCACGUCGCUUUGCACCGCAAAUGUCCAGAAUGAAUCCGUUCUCAUCCAGAAGAUCUACACACACUUCAAGAAGGCACCAGGAACACACAAAUUGGGCGUACUCUAUGUCGUAGACUCUGUAACUCGACAGUGGGUAGAAGCAGCGCGCAAGGCAGGGCAACCAUCCGGUAAUGCUGCUCCCGAUGGGACGUUCGCCGCUGGUGUCAACAGAGUGACCGAAUUACUACCCGUCCUCAUGACGGACAUCAUAAACAACGCUCCUGAAGAUCAAAAGGAAAAAAUCAAGAAACUGGUCGACAUCUGGGAACGGGGCUAUACAUUCCCUGCUCCAAUGCUUGCGUCGUUCAAAGACAAAUUAAACGCACCCCCAUCGCAAAGUAAGCAAGAUAUCCCCCUCCAGCUCACAUUCCCUGAUGUUGAAUCCACCACUCCUGAAGGCUCCCCCGCCCCCAACUACGUUCCGCUGGGAGGUCUGCAGCAGCAGCCGGCGCUGAACGGCGCCUCCAGCUCUGCUCAACAGACGCCGGAUACCUCGAGUAUUCUGAAGGCGUUGGCAGACAUGGCCAAGCAGAACACCACGGCCCCGGCUGCACCGGCCGUGGCAGCGCAAGCUAACCCUCUUAAUGCCUUAAACCAGCAGGGUACGGUUCCGCAGCCCGCGUCGUCAUCCGUAGACCAGGCUUCACACCCCCAGAAUGGGCAGGCUGGUGUAAACCCCUAUGCUGCUGCCGCUGCCGCUGGAAGCAUGGCGACGCCGUUCGCGGGCUUGAGUAAUGUUGCUCCGAAUCCGGCUUUGGUGCCGCCGCAGACUCAGAGCCAAAACCACACUCCAAACCCGUUGACUGCAGCGCAGAACCCACUGGCCGCGCUACUGCCGCAGGCGACUGCAGCUCCGGCCCAGCCGAGUGCCCCGAUCGGGCCAGAUGCUCUGCAGCAGCAGCUCCAGCUCCUGCAAUUGCUGGCCGCUCAGGGCAUCCCGCAAGAGCAGUGGGCAACGGCGCUGCAAAUCCUGAGCCUGUCCAAUGCCGCCAACAUGGGGGGGAUGAACCCGGGCCAGGCUCCGCCGUUCAACCUGCCGGGCCAGCCUGUCGGCACCGCCUGGGGCGCCCAUCCCGACCCCCAAUCACGUGAGUUCGACCGGGACCGCGAGCGCGAUCGGGACUACAUGCGCUCUCCCCCCGGCCAGUACCGUCGCCGCUCUCGCUCCCCCGGCUGGGACCGUCGUCGUGAAGCCUCUCCUCCACGCCGUCGGGACAGCCCCGUCUACGGUGAGUACCAUGGCGAUUCGCCCGGUCGCCGCGGCGGGGAUCCGCGUGGCCGCCGAGGCAACGAGUAUCGCCAGCGCAGCCCCCCGGACGUCGUCGCCGUCCUGAGCCGAACUCUUUUCGUUGGUGGUGUCACGUCAUCGGAAGCGCAUCUCCGCUCUCUCUUCAGCAAGUUCGGCAUAGUCCAGACUUGCAUAGUCAACAUCGACAAGCGCCAUGCUUUCAUCAAGAUGAUUAGCCGGCAAGAUGCUGUUAGUGCUCGAGACGGAAUGGAAUCCUACAAGGCCGGCGACAUGCAACUGAGGACCCGAUGGGGUGUGGGAUUCGGCCCCCGUGAUUGCAGCGAUUACCAAACGGGUAUCAGUGUGAUCCCAGUCGAAAGACUGACGGAGGCGGAUCGCAAAUGGAUGCUCACUGCGGAGUACGGCGGAACUGGUGGAAGGCCGAUUGAGACCGGAAUGGUCGUCGAAGAGCCCGACAUCGAGAUUGGUGCUGGGGUCUCUUCCAAAGCUAUCAGCAGAAGGAUUGCGACCGACACUGGCGGCAAACGUGGACCGGUCUCGUCCCGCUCACAGCAGGACCGAUUCCGUCGUCCGGAACGCGAAGGACCCCCAACUGGGAUGGGCCUUGGUGGUUCGGUGGAGCGGGACAUUCCCAAUGCCAACAAUGUCGGAGUGCCGCCCGCCGUGCCUGGCUUCGGCUUCUCGUUUCCCGGUAUGCCCAUGUUCCCUCCCGGCUUCAUGAUGGGAGGAGCACAAGCCGGGGCAUCGGGGGGUGUCGCACAACCGCCCCCUCCUGGCCAAGGAGGCAACUAG